UCAUGUGUUUUGUCUUCAGGUUAUUAAGAUCCUGCAGCAAGCCAUCACUUCAGACUAGAGGUGCAUGGAAGAAAUAAGCAACACACAAAACCGGAUGAAAUCAAAUUUUACAUCUAUUCACUUGGGACCCUGAUGAGUGAUACACAGGGAGAAGUAGAAGAUGGUGAAUUUCACAGAGAAUGCAACUGAGAGGUGCAGCAUUAAUCAUGAUAUCCACCAGACAUUAUCCCCUGUGGUGUACAUAUUUGUAUUUAUAUUAGGCUUGCCAGCUAACUGCCUAUCACUGUACUAUGGGUAUUUACAGAUCAAGGCUAAAAAUGAAUUGGGCAUCUACCUUUGCAAUUUGACUGUAGCAGACCUGCUCUACAUAUUUUCUUUGCCCUUUUGGCUUCAGUAUGUUUUACAGCAUGACAACUGGACGUAUAGGGAGCUGCUGUGCAAAAUUUGUGGCAUCCUCUUGUAUGAGAAUAUCUAUAUCAGUGUGGGCUUCCUCUGCUGCAUCUCCAUUGACCGCUAUCUCGCAGUAGUGCACCCUUUUCAGUUCCAACAGCUUAGGACAAUGAAGGCUGCUGUAGUUGUGAGCAUCGUUAUCUGGACCAAAGAAAUAAUGACCUGCGGCUUUGUCUUUAGGCACAGGGAGAUCAGCUUGGACGCCGAGAGCCACCUGGUGUGCUUUGAGCAUUAUCCCAUCAAAGAAUGGGAGUGCCAUGUCAAUUACUAUCGCUUCUCUGCUGGCUUCCUUUUCCCCUUCUUUCUCCUGGCCUUCUCCUACUGUGGGAUUUUACGUGUUGUCCACAAGAGCCAUGGCACUCAAAAGAAGAAGAAAAUCCAAAUUAAACGACUGGUUUCAAGCACUGUUUUAAUUUUUUUAGUUUGCUUUGCCCCAUACCACAUCCUACUUGUUGUUCGCAGCUUGCUGGAGAACAACUGCUCAUUUGCUGAGAAAAUAUUUAAUAUUUACCAUGUUUCUCUCCUGUUAACUACUUUUAACUGUGUUGCUGACCCAGUAUUGUACUGUUUUUCCAGUGAAAGCACUUACCAGAACUUUGCCAAGAUGCGAGACUCUUGUUUAACAUAUUUAGGGUGCCUGAGGCCUGAGACUAAAGAAUCCUAUCCACUGAAUGCUCCAGAAACUCCCAACAGGCCACAAGAGCAAGAGCAACAACCAGGAUUAUUAUAAAUAUCACAUGAUGAUACUGGAACGAAGGACUUCUCCAGAACUAACAUGGGCAGCCUAAAGGAUUCAUCAAAAAAAGGACACGAAUCUAAAAUCUACAGCCGUGGCUGAGCUUGUGUAUCUGUCUGAUGUUGCCUCCCAAAUGCUUAUUAGCAAUGCAGUACAGUGAUGUUGCUUCUGGAGGUGAUUGUACCUUGGCAAUAGUGAGACAGGCACAUACUAAGUCUGUUGAGUUGCAGUGGUGUCUGUUGGCAUUGUGACACCACUCAAUACUGAUGUCUUGAUGACUGCACUGAGUGGAAAAAGCUAGUACUCAUGGUCUGUGCUUCUGCUUAAUUUGUCUUUAAUGCUUUC